AAAAUUGGCGCUGAAAUAUCAUCCAGACAAGAAUCCAGAUGACCCAACUGCUGCUGAAAAGUUUAAAGAAAUCAACAAUGCCCACGCAAUACUUACUGACAUGUCAAAGAGGAACAUAUAUGACAAGUACGGAUCUCUGGGACUCUAUGUGGCCGAGCAAUUUGGAGAUGAAAACGUUAAUACCUACUUUAUGCUGUCAAGUUGGUGGGCAAAGACCCUGUUUGUCAUCAUUGGCCUCUUGACUGGCUGCUAUUUUUGCUGUUGUCUGUGCUGCUGUUGCAACUGCUGCUGUGGACACUGCCGGCCCAAGUCAUCGGUGCCAGAAGAGGACUUCUACGUGUCCCCAGAGGACCUUGAGGAGCAGAUCAAGACUGACAUGGAAAGAGAUGCGGACUUUCCUGUUGUUCUCCAGCCCUCAAAUGUAAAUGAGAAAACACAGCUAAUCAGAGAAGGACCUCGAAGUUAUUGCACAGACUCUUAAUACUGAGCCCAAUGAGGGUCCACAGUGCCUCCUCUUGGUUCAGCCAUGUCUCCAGGUGGUCAUGGGGGGAAGGUAGGGGACAUGAAAUGCUGUGAACUUUUC